AUGGAAGGAAAUUUCAUUAAAUCACUGCCUCCGGGUUAUAAGUUCAAGCCAACAGACGAAGAGCUGGUUGAUUUUUACUUGAAACGGAAAACCUACAAGAUACCAUUGCCACCCGUUAACAUCUUUAGGGAUGUUGAUCUCUAUAAGUAUGAUCCUUUUACUCUCACAGGGAUGUGUGAUAAUGCAACGUCGUGGAAUGACAUAACAACGGAGUGGUAUUUUUUCACACCAAGAGAUCGCAAAUACCCGAAAGGCUCGAGGCCUGGGCGAAGCGCCGGUGAUGGGUACUGGAAGGCAACUGGAAAGCCUACUCCGGUCAUCUCCGGAGAAGUGGAAGUCGGAUCCAAAAGAAGUUUGGUCUAUUGCAGAGGUAAAUCACCUAACGGUGAAAAAACCGAUUGGAUCAUGCACGAGUAUGUGUUAGCCCAGUCUCCACCAAGACAGAGACUUAACGACCAAGAUAUGCAACUUGAUUGGGUGCUUUGUAGAGUAUAUAAGAAGAGGGAACCAAGGUCAAAAUCUGGAAACCUAGUUGAAGGAUGCAAUGAUAAAGAACAAGAAGAAAAUGGGAUUUCAUCUGAUGCCUUGAAAACGGUGAUGCCACAACGAACUAGUUCAGUUCCUUUUUCCAAUCAAUACAAUGAUUAUAUGUUCCCACGGUAUUCGGAAUCUUUUGGUGCUGGGACAAUGCCUGCUCCAUUGGCAUCAAUGCCUCUUUAUCAUCAGUUUCAAUCCCAAGUGCCAACGUGGCAGCAUUUUUCCGGUGCCGGUUCUAGCAAUUUGAAUUUCACUGCGUCUAUGGAUCAAGAAAAGAAUUUCACAGCGUCUGAUGGGUUCACCUUAGAUGUACAACAAGAGGAAGUCGACAAUGGUGCAAUUUUAGCUAAGAGUGAAGCCGGAGUGAUGGAAAAUGGACAUGAUGCCUUGAAUACACUGAUUACUUUUCCCGGUGAAUUCGAUGACUGUCUGCUCCCAGAGUUUCCAGAUUUUUGUGAUUCCAUGUUAGGAGAAAACCCUACAAGUUACGGUUGCCAAGAAACUGUUUUUGAUGAUUUUAGUUUCACCUCAACACCUACUCCAUUGGCAUCAAUCUCUCCUAAUGAUCAGUUCCAACCUCUUCACUUUGAGCCGCAAAUGUUGCCCCAUCAGCAGCAGCAGCAGCUUUCUGUUGAUUAUCAAAGUAAUUAUAGUUUCACAGAGGCCGAUAGGUACAUUUUAAAUUUCGAAAAAUAG